AUGGGAGAUUUGGAGACUAGCUUAAUCCAUACACGAAAAACAUGUAGAAUAGAGCAAAUGGUAGCAAAAUGGCUUCAUCGCUCUCGGGACGGCGCACCCAGGAGCAGCGUGCCUGCGAUGGACAGCRCYGGGGACAGMGCAGCUCAGCCCCCCAGCCGGGUCAGAGUCACCGUCACCGUCUACAAGGACCUGGUCCUGCAGCACUAUGGCUUUGAGAUCUGCCCCAGCCUUCCCCUGACCAUCGCCUCUGUCACUGCAGGGAGCACCGCCGAGGGGAAGCUGCAGCCCGGGGACCAACUCCUGACCAUCAACUCCACCGCGGUGGACGACGUGUCCGUGGAGAGGGCAGCCAGCAUCAUCAGGGACGCCGGCGAUGAGCUGCUGCUGACCGUCCUGCGCUGCCCAUCUGGUGGCCCCAAGUCAUCGUUCCUCACCGCGGAGAAGAGGGCGAGGCUGAAAACAAACCCCGUCAAGGUGCGGUUUGCGGAGGAGGUGCUGCUGAACGGACACUCGCAGUGCCUGCCAGAUCCUCCUGUGCCGCUGGGAGUGGAAUGGUGCUCCCAGGCCACGUGCGGCCGCUGCACUGCCCAGAGUGUUACGGGGAGCUCCCUCCUGUUCAUGCCCAAUGUUCUCAAGGUGUACCUGGAGAAUGGACAGACCAAGGCCUUCAGGUUUGAGAGGACCACCACUGUAAAGGACAUCGUGCUGACGCUGCAGGAGAAGCUGUCCAUCCGCAGCAUCGCCCACUUCGCGCUGGUGCUGGAGGAGCAGUACAACCUGGCCAAGAUCCACCUGCUGCACGAGGAGGAGCUGAUUGCGCAGGUGGUCCAGAAGAGAGACUCUCAUGACUACCGSUGCCUCUUCAGAGUGUGCUUUGUCCCCAAGGACCCCUUGGACCUCCUGCACGAAGACCCAGUGGCCUUUGAAUAUCUGUACCUGCAGAGCUGCAGUGAUGUGCUCCAGGAAAGGUUUGCUGUGGAGAUGAAGUGCAGCAUGGCGUUACGUCUGGCUGCUCUGCACAUACAGGAGAGGAUCUACGCUUGUGCUCAGCCACAGAAAGUGUCCUUGAAAUACAUUGAGAGGGACUGGGGAAUCGAAAACUUCAUCUCACCCACCUUGCUUCGCAACAUGAGAGGGAAGGACAUCAAGAAAGCCAUCAGCUACCACCUGAAGCGGAACCAGGUGCUGCUGGACCCUCGGCACAAGCACACACUCACAGCAGCCCAUGUGCGCCUGAGCUACCUGCAGAUCCUGGGAGAGCUGAAGAUGUACAGUGGGAAGAUCUUCAAUGCCACAAUGAUGCUGCAGGACAGGGAGUCGUACGUGGCAUUGCUGGUGGGCGCCAAGUACGGGGUGAGCCAGAUCAUCAACAGCAAGCUCAACAUCAUCACCAACUUGGCUGAGUUCCCCAGCAUCAGCAGGGUGGAGCUCAGCGAGGARUCAGAGCGGGUCAGCACCGUCAAGAUCUACCUGCAGGACCUGAAGGUGCUCACUCUGCUGCUGGAAUCAAACAGUGCRAAGGACCUCGUCUGCCUCAUCGUCGGUUACUACAGACUCUUUGUGGAUGCAAACGUCUCCAUAUUUACCUGGGGAGAGAAAAAACAGCAACUGCACCGUGUCUCAGCUGAAGAAGGGUAUGAAUCCCGAGCCUGCAGCGACUCUGAAGAUUCUUGGGACCAGGAUUCCUCUUUGGAGUGUCGCAUGGACACCCCUUUGGUGUGUGGCAGUGAGGAGGGCCAGGGAGAGCCCUGCAGCCCCGGGGGGAGCAGCACAGAGCCCCAGGCUGGAGGGGGUGACCCACGGAAUGGGGGUGACAACGCCACGGACAGCGCAUCCGAGGCGUCCGACUCGGCCAACACCGAGAGCCGAGGGUUCAAGACGAGCGGCUCCAGCGACUCCAUGGAUGCACUGGAGGAAGAUGAGCUGGAAGCGUGCUCUUCCUCCAGGCCAGAGCUGUUCCUCUUCUACACGCCGACCGUGCACGAGAUGAGCAGCUCAGACAAGAGCUUCGUCCCGGUGCGUGCCGCAGGGAGCCCCGCCAGGGAGGCAGCCAGGGAUUAUUUCUGCUUCCUGCAGGUGCCMCCGGCAGAGCAGCCGGGGCACGGGGGCAGCCCCGCUGAGCAGGGAGCGGGGGCGUCCACUCUGGAGGUCAGGCUGUCCGAGAUGGACACCACGGGCUACUACAGCCUGUGCUACAGCACAUCSCCCGCGGCCAGCGCGCAGGGUGUGGGGCACGGCACGUCUGCCCACGAAGGGCACAACUCGGGGGCCGGUGACCUCGUCCUAAAGCCACCCCCGGGCUUCGGUGACUCCAGCUCCGAGGAGGAGUUCUACGAUGCUGCRGACAGGCUCAGCCCUCUGGCCACAGGCUGUGAUACAGCAUGCUGGGAGGGUACAGAGAACUCCUCCUGCAUCCCAAAGAGGCUGAGGUGCUACAGCUCGGGGGAGAGCCCAUCAACGAGGCAGACGGGGUUGGAGAAGGAGCUGACCUACGCCAAGAGCCUGAGGAAGAGAAGGUCUUUUCUGAAAACUGAUUACACCUCACAGGUCAGUUUCCCUGCAGCUCUUCCAGGCUCUCCACAGCGCUGCUGCUCCUGGCCACCCACUCAGCCCUCCACAGUGGACACAGGGAUGGACAUGGACAAGGGGCUCCCUGCCGCUGGCACAGAGCCCCGCUCUGCUCUGAUGAACGUGGAGCCUGACACCACAGAGACAAAAUCAGUGAUGGAAUGGGUGGUUUCACCCAUUGCGGAUGUCCACCACCCCGGUGAGCAGUGUGGGGAGGAGGACAGCRGCCUCCAGCCAGCACACCCCGCUUUGUCCCUGGGGGCAGCUGAGCCCCGUCCCAAAGGGCAGGGUGGAGCUGCCCAGGAACGCUCCCCGGUGCAGACAGGUGCCAGGGGUGUGAGUGAAGAGAGCUGUGUGCCCACAGGAGGCUGGCAGAUCCACGGGCCACACGAGAAGCGGGGUGAGGCACUGGUCACCCUGCACAAGGCCAGCGCAGUGCCCCUGCCCUGGGAGCCGCAGGGGACCGGCCCCGCUGACCGACUGCCAUCGGCUCCUGUGGCCAGCAAAGCCCCUCCAGAGCUGGCUCAGGACCGGGGGAGGCUCUUUGUGAGCGUGGAGCCUUCCCUGGCUCCCUGUCAGGGCAGCAAAGCUCACGGUCAGGGCUGUACCGUUGGCAAGGGCAGUUGCUGUGCCGAUGGUCAGUACCAUUCCGAUGGUCAGCACCGUGACGAUGGUCGGUGCUAUUCCGAUGGUCAGUGCCAUGCCAAUGGCGAUCACCGUGCCGAUGGUCAGCGCCAUUCCGAUGGUCAAUACCAUUCCGAUGGUCAGCACCAUUCCGAUGGUCAGCACCAUUCCGAUGGUCAGUACCAUUCCGAUGGUCAGUACCAUUCCGAUGGUCAGCGCCAUUCUGAUGGUCAGUGCCGUCCUGGGGCCAUGUCCCGCCUGAGGGGCCGGUCGCUGGCGGUCGAGCCCGCUCUCAGGAUGGCUCCCGCCGGCCGUGUGGGGUUCCCGGAGGCCGCCCAGCUCCUGGCGGAUUGCGGCGGUGCUUCAGGCGUUCUGAGCCGCCUGUCCUGGCUCUCGUUYGGGGUCAGGGCAGAGCCUGUGUCACCGGACCCACUGCGGGACAGGGGUCCACAUCAGAAAUGUCCCCAAGCGGUGUCCCCUUGGGCCCGUGUGAAGGGCGGCGGGCGCUCGGGGGCUGAGGGAAGGGAGAUGCCGCCAUUCCCUGCUGGAGCAGGCUGUGGCGAGCAGGCGGUGAGCAGCUCRGGGCUGGGUGAAGGGCUGUCCAUGAGGGGUGCAGGAGCUGUGUGUGAGCAGGAGCCUGCACAGGCUGUGCCCAGAGAGCCGGCCGUGGCGCUGGGGAAAGGCUCCGGCCUGGCUCCUGGCAUUGCCAUCUCCUCAGUCCCGGUUCCCUUGGGGAGAGGAGCAGGAGACCACGGCGCUGCAAAACACUCCUUUUUGUGUUUUAACCCCAAGGAGGGUGAGCCGAGCCCUCCAGCCCCCAUCCUGGCCAGGCCCCUGGGCUGYUCGCAGGCGCUGCGGGGUUUGGACAGCUGUGGCUGCCAGCUGCCCUACAUCAGCUGCUUUCCCCAGCCCCACAGGCAGGGUGAAGGUGAGCCCAGCUCGCCCCCAUUCCCCGGGCCCCUCACCAGCCCCCCRUCCAGCAGCUGCAGCCUUCCCCGCAUCCCCAGCAGAGCUUUUCCAGUCCCCAUGGCUGGCGAGGCGGCAGGGCAGGACCCCCACAUCCGAGUGCUGGGGCAGCUGAAGGACCAGGCAUGGAUGAACCCUGCGGAUUUCUCCCGCUUCCUGRCCUACACUGCGCAGCUCCAGGAGGUUGUAGGGGAGCUCUGUGGGAGCCAGGCCACCCACCUACACGACCAAUGUGCAGAGCAAGGUGCAGAGAGCAAGGGUGCCCUGGGCUGGGCUUCCCAGGACCUGCUGUCCAGCUGCCAGGCGCUGCUGAGCACGGAGCAGCCUCUCACGGAGGUGCAGUGCGCACUGAGAGCGACGUUCGACCGCCUGGUUCACCUGGCAGUGACCUGCUUCCAGGUGACACACUGCUGGCAGUGCAGGCAGAGGCAGCAGGAGCUGGGGGCUGCGCUGGGCGAUGUGGUGGGCACCUACCAGCAGCUGGUGCAGGCUCUCCACCAGCAGCUCCACGGGCAGACGUGCCCUGAGCUGAGCACCAAGCUCCUCGCCCGCCAGCACACGGCUCUUUCAGCUGCCAUCUUCUGCCUCCUGCAGCAGUUCAGGGCAUCCCCGUGGCUGUGAAAGGC